UUUUAAAACAUUGGUUUAUAUAUUAUACUAACAUAAGAUACGUUAAUUACUACUAUACCCCUCUUUCUCCUUGGUUGUACUACCUCUCCCAAUCUCCAAACCACGUCCAGCCAGUGAUUCAACCCACCAUUUGUAUUUCCAGAUCCCCCAAUGUUUCAAUUUCAACCUCCAUGGCAUUGAUUCUCGUAAUCGCUUGUAUCAUUUUUGUUUGGAUAACUUCUCUAUUCAAAAUUUUCCUUCUCGCUCGCAUCCGUUCCACCAAACAUUUUACGCUGAAUGGUAAAGCUUUUCGGAAGAGAAAUGUCUUACUGGUUAUUGCUCACCCUGAUGAUGAGUCCAUGUUCUUUGCUCCAACUAUAAAUUUUCUGACUUCAAGAGGGCAUAAUGUUCAAAUACUCUGCUUAUCUAAUGGUGAUGCCGAUGGCAAAGGGAAUAUCAGAAAACAAGAACUUUAUCAGGCUUGUGUAUCCCUCAAGGUUCCAAUGCAACAAGUGAAGAUUAUCAACCAUCCAGAUCUGCAGGAUGGUUUUGGUAAAGUUUGGAACCAUAGCUUACUGGCAAAGAUUAUUGAGGAAGAAAUAACCAGUCACUGCAUUGAUAUGAUUAUUACUUUUGACAAAUAUGGUGUCUCCGGACAUUGUAAUCAUCGUGACGUGCAUUAUGGAGUAUGCAAGUUACUAUAUGAUACUUCAAGAGGAGAUAUCGAAGUUUGGGAGCUUGUCAGCACCAACAUAUUGCGCAAAUAUAGCGGUCCGAAUGAUAUAUGGUUAUCUAUGUUUUGGGCCAUGCUGCCCUCAAAUGGAACAGUGCAAUGCUUGGUAAAUGAACAUUCCCGAAGAAGUUUUAUUGCUAUGGCGCAACACAAAAGCCAAUGGGUUUGGUUUCGCAAGCUUUUUGUAAUCUUGUCCAGUUAUACUUAUAUGAACACUCUUAGAAAGAUCAAGUGAUAUUGCAAUGCCAAAAAAGUUGUGUUGCUUGUGAGAUCAACUCUCACUUGUUGCCAUUCAAUUUUGAUCUACAUAUAUCAAACUUCUAUUGUUCAAGUUUUUCAUUCUGUGGAUUCGGGGUUCAACUCCAACGUGAUUGAAUGAAAUCUGCUAAUUUUCUUCAAAAUUA